UGGCAUAACCAAUAAACGUCUGCCAGUAUCAACUUUUCAUGGAUUUAAGCAGAACUGAACCGCAUGGUGUGAGCGAAAACUGUGGCAGAAGAUUCACGCAAAUGACAAGAACAAGGGGAGAUUCAGAAAUGCUGUUGAUGGCGUAGAAAUGUAAAGGACGUUAAACCCUUAUUAGGUAAUUAUGCGAUUCGGUGCCAUUUUGAAAAAACAGGAAGCAAACAACAACUGUUAACUGAUUUAUCCUGCACCAUGCUGAGGCAGUUGUUACGGACACGUUGUCGGGUACAAGGAUUAAUCCGGACAUCUACAGAAAGACCUGUGCAGAAUGGUAGUCUUCUUUCAAGGCACAUGUGGACAAUGGUUUGUCCAAGCAAGAACCAGAGAUUGAAGUUGCCAAAACCUGUGUUGUUUCAAUCAUCGAGGCUGCAACAUGAUGACUUACAUAUGACAAAGGAAGAGAAAGAUGUUGCUGCUGAGAAAGUUCUUGCCAAUCUCGACCCAGCUAGACAAAAGAAGCUUGAUUUGAUAAAGCUAGAAUAUGAUGUACUCCAGCAAUCCCGUUUAGAUGUACCAGAGAAUAUCCUACCAUCUGAUUGGCUAGAAUUACUAAAUUUACCAUCACCAAGUUCGAGAAGACGUUUCUAUCGUUACCUUGUGAAAACGGAGAGAAAAAAGAAAUCUGCAAUGAUGAAAAAGGCCAAACGGGCUCUUUUGAAAGCAGAACAGAUACCAAAACCUGAAGGGGGAAGGGCGAAAAAAUCAAACAUUAUUUUCCCUAUGUAUAACAACCCAGCAAAACUCUAUCGGAACAAUAACGUGGCUCAUUCAAUGAUGUUUGGACCUGAUGUCGUCAUCGAUCUUGACUUUGAUGACCACAUGCGAGACAUGGAUUCUUCACAUUUAGCAAACCAACUUUUCAUGGGUCACAGGUUUAACUGUGAGGACCCAGAACCAUUUCAUAUGAUAUUUGCAAAUGCUUCUUCCUCGAAUAGAACCAUUCAGUAUAUGUCAAAAAGAUGUGGUUUUUCACUUGACAAAAUGAUGUUCACAGUGACAGAGAAGGACUAUCUAGAUCUGUAUCCGAAAGAAAAGUUAGUGUAUCUCACUCCACAUACGGACAAGGUCUUGAGCAAAUUUAGUUAUGAUGACAUCUACAUUGUUGGAGGUCUCAUUGACAAGGCCAUUACAAAACCACUAACUUUUGCCAAAGCAAAAGAACAGCGUAUUAGGACUGCAAAGUUUCCCCUGGACAACUACCUGAUCUGGGAGAAAGGAGGAAAGAGACUGACAAUCGAUCAAGUGAUCAAGAUUCUGGUGACGCUCAAACAGAGCAACUGUUGGAAAACUGCACUUCAACAUGUACCAUCACGAAAAGUUGUCAGAUUCUGAGAGCUGCAGAAAGAGCAAGGACAUUUCAUAGGUUAUGCAAUGGCAGGGAGACACUGGUCUUAUCUUGAGAGACCUCAGUAAUGUUAGCCUUUGUAAAUGGAGUGUUGAGAGGAAUGAGUGUUGGUUGAGAUAAAAGAGAGGUAUAUGAGUAAAUAAAUAAGUGUGGA